GAGGGCGGGGCUCCCUAUGUGACGUGUUGGGCGCUUCCGCCCUGUGGUCAUCCUCGCUGUUCACCUACGGAGCUCUGCCUUCUUGAUCUUUACCCUUUUUGACCUUGAUCUUCACCCUUCUUGACCUUCACCCUUCUUGGAGACAGACUGGCAAGAGAAGGAGGGACUUCGUCCAAACGCUAGGUGGCUGGGUCCAGGUGCCUACGUUUUGACUUGGUUCCUGAGGUAGCUGCUUGGUCUGACGUUCCAGGAAGGAUUCUAUUCCCAGACAGCCGGAGAUCACACCAAGGAGAUUAUCAGGCUCUUGGUUCUUGAGCAGUACCUGAGAAGCUCAAGCCUUGGGUGCGAGCUCGACAGCCAGACAGCUGUGAGAAGCUGGUUGCACUGCUGGAGAAUCCCAGGAUGUACCAGCGCGAAGACGACGCCAACAGCAACGGCGACAUGAGGUGGAACCGAGGAGGAACCCCCCCGGCCCGCCCAGUGCCCUCCUUCAGCAGCGACCGGGACCGGGAUCGGGACGGGGACUGGGACCGCAGGGGCAGAAGCAGGGACGUGGAGCCGCGUGACCGCUGGGCACACAGCAGGAGCCCCAGAGGCAGGCUGCCUCAUCGCGACCUUUCCCUGCCUGUGAUGGCCAGGGCAAGUUUCCAGAUGGAAAGAGAGGAGGACGGUGUCUCCAUGGAUUAUGAGUCCCGAUCCCAGGAUGCCGAGUCAUACCGGAGUGUUAUGGAGGCCAGCGAGGACAGGAAGUCUCAGAACCCGAUCCAGGACAACAUGGAGAACUACAGGAAGCUGCUGUCACUGGGGGUGCAGCUUGCUGAAGAUGACCGCCACUCCCACAUGACACAAGGCCACUCCUCCAGAGCCAAGCGAAGUGCCUAUCCGAGCACCAGUCGCGGUCUGAAAACUAUGCCUGAAGCCAAAAAGCCAAGCCACCGUCGGGGGAUCUGUGAGGAUGAGUCUUCUCAUGGAGUGAUCAUGGAAAAAUUCAUCAAGGAUGCAGCACACGGCUCCCGGUCGGGAAGAGCCAGGGAGCCGAAUGAUCGGCUGCAGAGGUUCCCCAGAGUGCCAGAUGACCACUGGAGGGACAGUUCGUUAAACCGCAGGGAGCCACUGGCCCCUCAGAGAGGCUUCGAGGGGAGCGCGUUUAGGGGAGGCUUCAGGUUCAACCCCAACCUGAUCUCUAGAAGGAGGGCUCUGGAGAGGAAAAGGCGCUAUCAUUUUGACACAGAGGGGAAGAGCGGGGCUCAUGAGCAUAAGGGCAGUGCCAGGAAGAAGCCCUUUGAGUGUGGCAGUGAGAUGAGAAGGGCCACGGGCACGAGCAGCCUGGCCUCAGCCUCCUCCUCAGAGUCACAGCCCAGUGACCUGGGGGCGACAUCCUACGUGUGUGACGAGUGUGGGCGCUCCUUCACCGUCAUAUCAGAGUUCGUGGAACACCAGAUCAUGCAUACGAGGGAGAAUCUCUAUGAGUAUGGCGAGUCCUUCGUUCAGAGCUCUACUCCCAAUGAGGGUCCGAGCCAGAGUCAUCAGAGUGGAGGGAAACGCUUUGAGUGUAGAGAGUGUGGGGAAGUCUUCACUAAGAGUGCCGCUCUGGCGGAGCACCGCAGAAUCCAUGCCAGAGAGUACCUGGCUGAGUGUAAGGACCAGGAGAGUGAGGAGCAGGCCCUGCCCAGCCCAACCUUCAGUGAGCUUCAGAAGAUGUAUGGCAAAGACAAAUUCUAUGAGUGUCGUGUGUGUAAGGAAACCUUCCUUCACAGUUCUGCCCUCAUUGAGCACCAGAAAGUCCAUGAGGUAGGGAGCUGUGGUGGAGAUGAGGCCAGUGAGCGUGACCAUGAGCCAGGGCGUGGGGCAGCCUUCAUGCCCGGCGCAGCCCUGAGAGAAUUUCAGAAAAUGUAUGGCAAAAACAAGAUCUACGAGUGCAAGGUGUGUGGGGACUCCUUCCUCCACAGCUCCUCUCUGAAAGAGCACCUCAAAAUCCAUGCCAGGGGAAACCCAUUCGAAAGCAAGAGCCCAGCCUGUGAGGGGGCCUUCACACCUAGCUCAUCCCUCAAAAGACGUCAGAAAACUUACACCAAGGAGAAGUUCUUUGACGUUAAAGAUGGCCGGGAUCCCUUUAUGCAAAAUGCAGACCUCAGUGAGCAGCAGAAAAUUCAUUCUCGAAAGAACUUCUUCAAUGGCCGUGGAUAUGAGAAGUCUGCUGUGCAUAGCAUGCCCUUCACUGAAUCUCAGAAGAGUCACACCAUCACAAGACCACCUGAGGAUGAGGAAGAGGAGAAGGCAUUCACCAUCAGCUCUAACCCUGAUGAAGCCCAGACACCUCCCACGAAGGAAAAUGCCUACGAGGGGAAGUUCUAUGAGAAAUCUAAUACUCACUGCUUAGGCUCUGCAGAAGCUCAGAAAAGUGUGUCCGGGUUCACUAAACCCGCAGUGCCCGCAAUGCCCGCCACGCACAGCUCAGAGGUCCCCAACUACAUGAAAGCCUGUUUUGGAGAGAAUUCCUCUGCAGGGAAGGAAUACCUGGCUUCCAUUACCCGUAGCCUGGCUAUUCCCAGAUCUCUGAAGCGUUACUAUGUUAACAAAGAGGCAGGCUGUGAUGAGAAGGGAGAGUCCUCCACUUACCUCUCAGACCUCCACAACAAGCGCCGGAAGAUUCCUGCCAGAGAGAGCCCUUAUGAUGGGGAUAGUAAUGAUUACAGAGAUGCCACCAUGCCAAGCACAUCCUAUGCAGAGCCUCAAAGAAGCCUUGCUGGAGACAGAGCACGUGAAUUCAAACAAGAUGGUGUCUUUUCAGUCCCCACCACCAGUGUCCGCAGCCACCAGAAAGCUCGUGCCAAGAAGAAGUACAUUGAGCCCACUGUCUAUCAUUCCCUACCUUUUGGUGAGCUGCCAAUAGUUCGCCCCAGAGAAAAGCUCUAUGAAUGCCAGGAGUGUGGCGAGUCCUUUUAUCGUAGCUCUGACCUCAUUGAGCACCAGAAGAUUCAUGACCGAGAAAAGCCCUCUGGAAGUGGGCAUUAUGAGCAAUCUAUCAAUCACAGCAUGACCACUACUAGUCCUCAGACAAGUUAUACCCAAGAACAGUAUGCUGAAGAACAAGUACAUGACAAAUCCAACAAGUCUGCUACCAACAACAGCCUCCUUGUGCAAUGGGCCAUCUGUACCCAAGAGAAGACUCCUGGGGAGGGAACCUAUGCUGAGAAGACCCAAGGUCAGACCCAGGAGCAGAAGAUCGACAGUCAGGAGACCCAGGAGCAGAAGAUGGAUGGUCAGGAGGCCCAGGAGCAGAAGAUGGACAGUCAUGAGAUCCAGGAUCAGAAGAUGGACAGUCAGGAGAUCCAGGAUGAGGAGAUAGAUGGUCAGGAGAUCCAGGAUCAGAAGAUGGAUGAUCAGGAGAUCCAAGAUCAGGAGAUAGAUGUUCAGGAGAUAUAUGUUCAGGAGAGCCAGGAUCAGGAGAUAGAUGUUCAGGAGAUCCAAGAUCAAGAGAUAGAUAUUCAGGUGAUCCAGGAUCAGGAGAUAGAUGUUCAGGAGAUCCAGGAUCAGAAGAUGGAUGCUCAGGAGACCCAGAGUCAGGAGAUGGAUGCUCAGGAAACCCACGGUGAAGACACCUGUGAUCAGGGGAUCAACAGUGAGGAAAGCCAGGGUCAGGAGAUGGAUGACCAGGAGAGCCAAGAUCAGGAGACAGGCGAGGACACUAUCAGCCAGGUGUCAAGCUCGGAUGAGCAGAAGGAUGAGCCUGAAGACACCAUCUAUGAAUGUCAGGAGUGUGGGCUGGGCUUCGUGUACCUCACAGACCUCACAAGCCAUCAGGACGUGCACAGCAGGAAGUGCCUCGUUGACAGCCGUGAAUACGCCCUCUCAGAUGUACACAUGCAUUCCCUCAGUGAGUACCAGAAGGAGUGCGCUGGAGAGCAGCUCUUUGAGUGCCCCAAGUGUGGUGAGUCUUUUAUCCAUAGCUCCUUCCUGUUUGAGCAUCAGAGAGUCCAUGAGCAAGAUCAGUUGUAUUCUGUGAAGGGUUGCGAUGAUGGUUUUAUCUGCCUCUUGCCAGUGAAGUCGAGGAGGAGCCGAGCUGCUGAGAGGAACCCCGCUGUGGCUGGGGCGGCCAUCCGCUGCCUGCAGUGUGGGCAGGGCUUCAUCCACAGCUCAGCCCUCAACGAGCACCUGCGGCACCACAGGGAUGAAGAGUUCCUGGAGCAAACGGAAGCGGGCGAGGAGAUCUUUAUCCAGACCCUGGCCCUCACCGAGUUCCAGGGCAGCGAAACCGAGGAGAAGCUCUUCGAGUGCACCGUCUGUGGAGAGUGCUUCUUCACAGCCAAGCAGCUGGGGGACCACCACACCAAGGUGCACAAGGAUGAGCCCUAUGAGUACGGGGCUUCCUUCACCCAUGCCUCAUUCCUCACCGAGCCCCUCCGGCGGCCCGGGCCCUUCUAUGAGUGCAGGGACUGUGGGCAGGCCUUCAUGCAUGACACAAUCCUCACCAAGCACACAGUGUUUGACCCCGAAGAUGAAGAGGAUGAUGAUGAGGAGGAGGAGGAGGAAGAAGCGGCCACCGCACAGGAGGUUGAAGUCAACGUCCUCAUUCCGCAGGAAGUUCUGCGCAUCCAAGGGUCAAAUGUAGAAGCUGCUGAGCCAGAGGUGGAGGCGGCUGAGCCAGAGGUGGAGGCGGCCGAGCCAGACGUGGAGGCUGCAGAGCCGGACGGAGAGGCAGAAGGACCUGAUGGAGAGGCGGCUGAGGCAGACGGGGAGGCUGAACAGCCCAACGGAGGGGCCGAGUACCCCAUUGGGGAUGCCGAUGAGCCAGAUGGUGUGGGCAUUGAAGACCCAGAAGAAAGGGUGGAGGAGCCUGAGGGGGAUGCUGACGAGCCAGAUGCGGCAGGCAUCGAAGACCCCGAGGAAGAGGGCGAGGAGCAGGAGAGGCCUUACUAUAAUUGCCAGGAGUGCACUGAGACCUUUGCAUCCAGCGCAGCCUUCAGGGAGCACCUGCGAGCCCACGCCAGCCUGGUCCUGCCCAGCAACGCCCCAGGAGAGGGCGCGGGCCCCAGUGCGGCCCAGUGGGUUGACCACCAGUACUUCAGAUGUGACGUCUGCGGCCAGCUCUUCAACGACCGCCUGUCCCUCGCCAGACACCAGAAUACCCACACCGGCUGAGCAGAAGGGGCCGCCACGCCUCCCUGCCCAGAGCUGGACCGUGCCAAAACACAGAGAACUGAACUUAUUCCAAUACCAAGAAACCACCUUAGGACAUGCACACCCAAGGUAGCAUAGAUAACCCAGACUGGACCGUGAAGCCGCCUUCCCUCCUAGCUGCUAAGGUGGCCACCGCUGCAGCUGGGGAAAGGUGCUGCACACAGCACAGCCUCACCCUCUACUCGAGGGACCAGACUAAAGACACACCUUAGCGAACUUCCAGUGUCACUCCCAUCCCUGGAGCGACUUUUCCUGCCAUGUACAUAAAUGAGCAAAUCGUAGCCAAAAUGGGAUCAUGUUUAUUUGGAUUUAAUGUGAUAAACGGUCACAGUUUACUGGGCAGAGGUACCUUUCCUGGUUCUCUGAUUUUUAUUUUCUUUUUUGGAGGAGGAAGAGAGCAACAAAUUAGAAUAUAUUUGUAAGUGUCUUAGAUCCUGAAAAAGAUUUACUGUGCUUGAACUGAACCCACUAGUUUCUCUUUUUGAGUGCUGUGUUUGAUCUCUUGUCAAUUGUCUUGUGAGGUACAGACACGGGCGGGAAGGAGUCUCUUCUCUUUGUGUUUGAGAGAGAAGUAGUUUGAACUUCCUCCAGCACCCGUCUAUCUGCACCUAAACCACAGAGCCGCGAGCAUUUCCUUGCUCCGACGGUCUUUGUCACCCAGGCCCACUUGUAGCCACAUUGUACCUAUCUUGCUGUGGUUCUCACACAAAAAUAUUAGUUGGGUUUUUACAUGUGUUGUUUUGUUUUUAAUAGCUAACUUGGUGUGUGUUAAGUAGUGAAUCAAGGCUUUUCCCUGUAAAUGUUUUAUCGCUGCCUUUAAAGAAUGGGUUGUAACCAUGGCUAGAUCACAGCAGUGCCUGAGGAGCUGGCCAGCCUGGAGCGGCUUCCCGCCGCCCUGGCAGCGUCAGCCCCAGUGGCUUCAUUCCAUGCUGCCACAAGUCGGCUUACCCCUGGGUGCCCAGGGGUCAGCCUCUAGACUUUUCUAUUGCUCAGUUCUCCUGUUCUUUACCUGUCUGAGUCUGUAUCCCUGCGUCUAACUUGCAUUUUAAAAAAAAUUUUUUUAAAGCAAAAACACACACAAAAAAAGCUUUCUUUGUAGUCAACCCAAGCUUGUGCUAUGGACUCAGCUCCCCAGCAGCCGUGAUUUGCUUUGCUGCCUUUGAUCCUUCUCUUUCAAGCUUCCUGCGCAUUUCUGAGCUGUCAAUUUUGUGUCGUGUUGUCUGACCUGAUUUUUCCUCUUAAUCACAAAUUGGCCUCAGAGCUUGGGGUCCCUAUGUCCUCCUUUGCUCCUUUGCUUCCCCUCCCCUCGCGUAAUGGCUAGAUAAACAAAAAAAAUGUUGGCCUUGAGUUGGCUGGG